AUGUCCCUGAUAAAGAAGCUUGAUCUUCCUACUGACUCGCCAUUGCGCCAGGCCGACGCUAUUCCUUUACCAUUUCCUCCACCUCUUCCUGAAGGCGAAUCAGAGACUGAGGCAGAUGCUGAGGAUGAGGAUGGGGAUGAGGAGAAAAAUGAUGACGAAGCCUUGGUAAGGAAAUCGAAGGAUGGUGCUGAAGCCAAGUCCCCUCCUUCUGCUGAGCAGGUUAUGGACUUAACCUUGGAUGAGGAGGGUGAUGAGGUUGAGGGGGCAACCAAGGAAAUUGUCACUGGGCAGCUAUCGUCCGAUCUUCUCUUGGUAGAAAGAAGUGUUGAGAAAACAUUAGCAGAGAUUGAUGCCGAGAUACAAGCGGAAAAAGUGGCCGAGGAGGUUCUUCCAGAAUCGUCUGAGGUCCCAAUCCUUGCAGCGGCUAGUACUGAGGAGUCUUGA